AUGGAAUUAGUAUCUGCUUUAUUAGAUCCUCGAUUUAAAUCUCUAGAAUUUGUCAAGAUUACAAAUAAAUUAACAGCUAAAGAUGUUCUUAAAAAUUUAUACAAUAAUGAAAAAUUAUUAGAAAAUGAACAUAAAAGUUUAGAAGAAUGUGAAGAUUCAGAAAAUAAUAAUGAAAUAGAUAAUU